AUGCCUGGGUUUUUGACACCUUAUCGUGGAGAACGGUAUCACUUGCGUGAUUUUAGGGGAAGAAGUCGACAAGCAAAGGGUCCUAUGGAAUUAUUCAAUCAUAGGCACUCCUCUUUACGUAAUGUUAUUGAACGUUGUUUUGGAGUGUGGAAAAGUAGGUUUCCAAUAUUGAAAUGCAUGCCAAAUUAUCCACUUCGCAGACAAAGACUCAUUCCCGUUGCAUGUUGUACUUUACACAACUUCAUUCGCUUAAAUUCAAGGAAUGACGAACUGUUUCGUCAAUUCAUGGCAGAAGAUCUUCUAGUGGCAGAUGAAGAAAGUUCAAGUACUGGUCAAGAAAGCACAACAAUUGACAUUGAUGUUAGCACAACGAAUAUUGAGCUGAUGAAUAAUGUUAGAGAUGACAUAGCAGGGACAAUGUGGAUUUAUCAUCAACGCCGACAUCACCACCAACGCCUUUAG